AUGAAGCCUUUAUCGGACACAAGGUGGGAAAGCAGAAUCCAGGCGGUGAAGGAAGUAUUAUUGCAAUUUGAUGAUGUUUUUGAAUGCAUAGAAAACUUAAAAUGCCAAACGGAACAAUCGGACACUCUCAGUGAUUGCGAUUACGUUUUAAACGAAAUGUUUAGAUUGGAAUUUAUCAUAUUACAUAUAUGGUAUGAGUUAUUAACGCGUGUCAAUACCAUAAACAAAUUAUGGCAAUCUGUACAAGUCCAUUUAAGAUUUGAUUUUGAAGAUUUGCGUACAUUUUGUAACUGGAUCAAAGCAUACCGACAAACUGGAGUAAAAAAAUUCAUGUCUGACGCUCGUCAGUUUGUUGAGAGAAGCAGUAGAGUAGCUAAAAAGAAAAGGAUGUUUGAUAAUGAAGGCAGCGAUCAAUAUAAAGAGACUGUUAAAAGCCGGUAUGAAACAGAGUUUUUUAGCACCAUGAUUGAUUAUGUGAUAAGUAACAUGAUAUUAAGAUUUAUGUCUUUAAAUCAACAUUUUGAAAAUUCCAAAAGAGGAGAUACAGCAAACCUGUCAGGAACAAUCCUGCAAGUACGUGAGAGCAGUGACUUCCAACCUUAUGAGUUGUAUGAAGAGUUACAAAAUAUGAUCCCAAAUUUACCCAACACCAUUAAAGACGUGAAACAUCUGCUCCAAUACAUCAUAGAGAACUAUUUGAAAGAAAUUUACCCAAAUAUUAACAUUGUCAUUAGACUUUUGUUAACAAUACCUUUAAGUACUGCUUCCGCUGGAAGGAGUUAUUCAAAAUUAAUACUAGUUAAAAAUCAUUUAUGA